AUGGAUAAGAUAACACAGUUCAUUGCUAUUACGGACGCGCCCCGGGACGCCGCAACGUCCUUCCUAGAGAUGACGAGCGGAAACCUUGAACUGGCAAUCACCCUUUACCUUGAAACAAGAGAGUCCAAUCCUGCUACACCUCUUGAAAACAAUUCACAAGUAUCAGGAGAAGAGGCCGCAGAUACUAACAGUACUCUUGAAAGUGAUGCAGAACUGGCGAGACAACUUGCUCAAGAGGAAGAACCUGGAAUUCGUGCACCCAUCGCGCCUAAACGCGAAAUUUUAGUUGGCAAUAAUGAUUAUGGGAAUUUUAUGGGAGAAGAUUCAUACCACGCCCUCGAGUCUCACGUGAGCCAUAUCGAAAUUUUGCUGGCGAAUAAAUCUCCAAAAACCAUUAUUCUUUCAGAAGAUUUAACCGAGACAACUCGAUUAGCCGAUAUAUACAGACCCCCUUUUGAUAUUAUGAGUAAAGAAAAUUUUGACAGGACACGGAAUGAAGCCCGUAAUAAACAGAAAUGGUUAAUGGUUGAUAUUCAAGAAGGUUCGGAGUUUCGCUGCCUCCAGCUCAAUCGGGAUCUGUGGAGCGAUAAGACCGUUAAGGAUGUUAUACGGGAACAUUUUCUUUUCUUACAGUUUGAUUCGAAUUCCACCGAGGGACGACGUUACAUAAAUUUUUAUCCAUUUGACCAUUAUCCUCAUAUAGCAAUAAUUGAUCCGAGAACGGGUGAAAGAAUGAAAAUUUGGAGUUCUGUGGUGCCGCCGAGCGACUUCCUAAUAGCUGUGACGGAUUUCCUAGAACGUUGGUCAUUGAGCGGAAACACACCAAAGAAAAUCGAGAAAUCAACGACCGAAAAUCAACAAUCAGACACUAUUUCGAUCUCGUCUGUUGAACCUGAAGACGAAUUAGUCGAUCAAGAAUCAAGGAGCGAGGAUAUGGAAGAAGAUCAGGUGGAAACAUCGCCGAAAGAUGAAGGAACCUCAUCCGUAUCAGUGUUUGAUUCCAUUCGCCCUGUGGAAAGGACUCAAGUUCAAGGACCCAAUGCAACAACAAUAAAAUUUCGUCUCGCAGGUGGGAAAACUGUUAUUAGGCGCUUUGGAAAGACUGAUCCUGUGCGAUAUUUGUUUGAAUAUAUCAAGGUUUCUGUUCCCGAAGCUCAGGAACAACCAUUUGAACUGGUAUGCUAUAGUGAUAAUCUUAUUAAUAAAGUUGAUCAGACAGUUGAAGAGGCAGGUUUAUCAAACGCCGUUGUUAACAUGGUCUUUGCGUAA